UUCUCUUCUGGCAAUAUGCGGAGAUGUUGGCUGGGAUCCCUUUUGCCUCAGGCCAAAAUUUGUUGCAGAAGCGGCGGGAAAAGGCAAUGCUAUGAAGAGAAUAGUUUCAUCGGAAGUUCGGAACCGUUGAUCCGUCAAGAGACUCUGACCAGGAGAGAAUGGAAAAACGACGUUGUAAUUGAGGGUGUGCGGUUGCGGUGACUUCCCUCCACGCACCGAAUCCAGACGCGCCGUAGACUCAAAUUUUAUACGAGAAUCUCAGUUUUAUUUAAGCUCAGUGGAGUCUGUCGUGUGUUGAUUUUCUUAUGGUCAGAAACAGGAAACAGCAAUAACAUUGCAGAGACAUACAAGCGAAACCAGUAGCGUGGUGCAGAAAUGGCUGGUGAAGCUACCGUUAUUCCUCUGCUCACACCUUAUAAGAUGGGCAAUUUCAAUCUGUCACAUAGGUACUCACACUUCUCACCAGUUUCUUCUGCUAUUUCUCUGAUUUAAAUCUAUGCAGAUGAGGUGUUCGUGAAAUGUCCCAGCUGAGCGUUGAUAUAGGAGUUGUUUUGGCACCACUGACUAGACAGAGAUCUUACAACUAUGUUCCUCAGCCUCAUGCUAUCUUAUAUUACUCUCAACGAGCUACUAAUGGGGGUCUUCUGAUAGCUGAAGCUGCUGGUGUUUCUGACACUGCUCAAGGGUUUGAGCGUACACCAGGCAUAUGGACCCCGGAGCAGGUGAAAGCAUGGAGACCCAUUGUGGAUGCUGUUCAUGCCAAAGGUGGUGUAUUCUUUUGUCAGAUUUGGCAUGUUGGAAGGGUUUCAAAUACAGGUUUCCAGCCAAAUGGACAAGCCCCAAUAUCUAGUACAGACAAGGGAAUGACUGACCUUUCACGAUUUACACCACCAAGAAGGCUGAGAACAGAUGAAAUCCCUCAGAUAGUCAAUGAUUUCAGACUUGCAGCCAGAAAUGCUGUGGAAGCAGGGUUUGAUGGUGUUGAGAUCCAUGGUGCUUACGGUUACCUUCUCGAUCAAUUUAUGAAAGAUCAAGUCAACGAUCGAACAGAUGAAUAUGGCGGAUCACUGGAGAACCGAUGUCGGUUUUCACUAGAAGUUGUUAAAGCUGUUGCUGAUGAGAUAGGACCAGAGCGAGUGGGAAUUAGACUCUCACCUUUUGCAGAUUCAGAGGAAUGUGUGGACUCUAAUCCACAAGAACUUGCCUUAUACAUGGCAAAUUCUCUGAAUAAAUAUGGCAUUCUAUACUUGCACAUGGUAGAGCCCAAGAAGAUUGACAAAGAAAAAGGUGAGCGCCCUGAUAAUCUUGUGCCCGUAAGUGAGGCCUUCAGUGGCACUUUCAUUACUGCUGGAGGGUAUAAACGUGAAGAUGGGAAUAAAGCAAUUGCAGAGAACAGAGCAGAUCUUGUGGCAUAUGGUCGAUUGUUCUUGGCAAAUCCAGAUUUGCUAAAGAGAUUUGAGAUUAAUGCUCCUCUCAAUAAGUACCACAAAGAGACAUUUUAUACUUCUGAUCCAGUUAUCGGUUAUACUGACUAUCCAUUUCUUGAAGACAAUUCUUAAUCUAGUCUCUACUUGAAGUUUUUGGAUUCAGUAAAAGGUGACAAGAGUCCGUCUCAAAAAUCCAUUUGUAACAGUAAUUUUACAAUAUCAAUGUGGCUACAAAAAGUAUUGGAAAAGGAUAGAUGCUUGUUUGUGUCUUGUCAUUUUUGUUGUUUGAUGAUGAUGUACUAUUUGGUUGCGAUGCUUUAAUCGCAUUUAAUGUACAUGGCUGGUUGCAAAGAACACGAA